CGAGUCCCACCAAAGCGAAUCUCGUGUAUCUCGCCUCUUGCGAUGCGUCAAGUCGUCUCGCGCGGGCCCGCACCUGCAGCCACGUUUCAGGAUUCGUGUGAUUGUGUGUAGUCAGUAGUGGAGCGCAAAGGUCUCGGUGUGUGGCAAAGUGCGCGCCGCUUACGUCAGCCUGGAAGAAGAAAUGGAGGACGUUUUGAACGAGGUCGUCUCUGCCGAGGAUUUGAAGAGAUUCGAAGCCGUGUACCAUGAGCAGUUGCAUGGGUCGUAUGUCACGCAAAAAGCUCAGUUCGAAUACGCCUGGUGCCUUGUGAGGAGCAAAUACUCGGCGGACAUUAGGAAAGGAAUAUUGCUGCUGGAGGACCUCUACAGCAAUUACGAGGCGGAAAAGCGCGACUGCCUGUACUACCUGGCGAUUGGAAAUGCCAGGAUAAAGGAAUACUCCAAGGCGCUCUCGUACGUCAGGGCAUUCCUACAGAUUGAACCCGAGAACGUGCAAGUGCAACAUCUGGAGUCGUUGAUAAGGAAGAAGAUGGAGAAAGAGGGCCUUAUGGGUAUGGCUGUUGCGGGAGGUGUUAUUAUCGGUGUCGCAAGUAUUCUGGGCCUGGGCAUUGCGAUGGCGAAAAAAAAUUAGUUAAUCCUCCCUUAAAAGACCUAUUAGAACUGUGACUAUGCAAUUACAAUUGUGAUGUAAUUCGUUUGCGCGAAAUGGUGUGUAACUUGCGUCGUAAUUGCCCGGUUUGAGACGGUGACGAGUCUCAAAUGUAACUAGAUCGUUGAACCAAAUCCAAUAAAUGUAAUUUGUAACGUAAUUUUUCUAUUAAUCACAAAAGAAAGAGAACAAGGAGAGAAACCAGCUUACGUGAAUACGAUUUUUAAUUUUUAAUUAUUUAUAUUUAUAUCAUUAUUUAUAUCGUUUAAGCAUGUUGUGCGAAAUCUUUUGCCCGUUAAGAAGUAUCUGUUCAACAGUGAAACCAAUUUAACUUCCAAUACACUUGACGUUAUGUGCGAUAUUUUUUUUUUACAUUCCAAAGUUAUAUGCGAUUAUUUUUUUUAUACUGUAUAUGUUACGCACAUCACACAUGGAUAUGGAUAUAUCGUAUUUACGGAUAUAUGUGUAUCACAUGGUACUUUGUAUUAAAAAUUUCAUUUACACGCGCGCGUAUGUGUUUAAUCGAAGCGUUCAGCCAAAGCGCCAUUACGAAAUGAUGAUAAGAAGCUAUAGCCUUUUGUAUAUAAUUAGGGUUGUAUUUACAGUUGUACACGUGGAUUUAUGUUGUUAUUGAAUCCUUUUAAUAAAAAUAAAUGUUUGAAGCUA